UGUCUCGCAGUGCAUCAGUUGGUUACGUUUGGAGUUUGACCGCAGGAUAGAAGAAUGUGUUCAGACUGACUCUGACGAAGCGAAAGGAAAGAAUGACUCGGGACAGCGAAUAAUAAAGAAACGGAGAUUCUUCCCCGAAGUCAUUUUAAAGUAGAGGAUAUACAUUAAUCUGGUGUUUUCGUGGUAGAGGUUGCAGCUAUGGAACCAUCGCUAACUGGCAACAUAUCCAGCCCCGUGACUCCCGCCUCCCUCAGGGUGGGUCCCUCUUCAUCCAGCACUUCUACGUCAACCUCAGGCCAACCUCUGCCUAAAGUCACCAUGCCAGCCCCUCCAGACGCCCCCACAUCUUUUCCCUCUAUUGCCUCCCGUCGGACAUCUUCCCGUCUUUCCUCCCGCUCCUCUUCCCUGUCCACACCACCUGUCUCACCGCUCCACCAGCCCAUCAGAAGUCCCUCUCAGGUUGGCAGAUCUCAGCUCAACGCAGCGUCUACAGCGUUUCCUCUAACAGGAUCCUCAGCUGCUGCCUCAACUCCUCAGCCUCCUCCAGCAUCUGAACAUGAGGAGCCAGAGGAGGAGGUGAGUUUUGAGGAUUUUGAGGAGAGGGCAAAGUCGGGAGACGCUAAAGCACAGAUCAAGAUGGGGCGUUACUUUCUCGCAUUAGCGGAAGCAAGAGAUGAAGAGCUGAAUAAUUGUACGGCGGUCACAUGGUUGGUCCAGGCUGCAAAACAAGGUCGCAGGGAUGCUGUCAAACUGCUGCAGCAGUGCUUCGCCUCCAGGAAAGGCAUCACUUCAGAAAACUGCGAGGAGGUGAAGAAGUUGUGUACGGAGUCCCGUUUCGAGAGAGGAGUCAGGAAGGCGGCUCUGCUCAUGUACUGGAAGUUAAAUCCAGAGAAGAAGAAGUCAGUGGCCAUUUCUGAGAUGCUGGAGAAUGUCGAGCAUGUUCACACAGAUCCAGGGAAACCGUUUUCUCCUGGCCCACUUAACAGUUCUGCCAAGAAACAAAGGAGAGUCCUGGAGACAAUGGUCUCCAACGAGGCCACCUCCCAUGUCGGCCUUGACGAUUUCGUGGAGAUGACUAAGAAGUAUGCUCAGGGUAUCGCACCGUCGCCCGUCAUGGCUGCCGCAGGAGAUGAUGAUGAAGACGACAUAGACGGCGUUGUGGUGAAGAAUCCAGACGAGUUGCCCCUGCACCAAAAGCUACUGAAGUUCCCUCUGCACGCUCUGUUGGAGAUCAAGGAGCACCUCAUUGACUGGGCGUCCCGGGCCGGCAUGCAGUGGCUCAGCGCCCUGAUCCCCACCCACCAUGUCAACGCACUAGUCUUCUUCUUUAUCAUUUCCAACCUCACAAUCGAGUUCUUCAUCUUCCUCAUCCCGCUGCUGGUUUUCUACCUCUCGUUCUUUUCCAUGGUCAUCUGCACACUACGCGUGUUUCAGAAUUCCAAAGCUUGGGAAAACUUCCGGGCACUGACAGACUUGCUGGCUCACUUUGAACCUGGUCUUGAUGUGGAGCAGGCUGAGACCAACUUUGGAUGGACACACUUGGAGCCCUAUCUGUACUUCCUCCUCUCUGUGGUCUUUGUCAUCUUCUCCUUCCCUGUGGCUGAUAAAGCAUGGAUCCCCUGCUCAGAGUUGGCUGCCAUCGCUCUCUUCUUCACCGUCACCGCCAUCCUCAGCCUUCAUGCCUCCGCUCAGCUCUUUGCCCGUAAAGCCCUCCUCACAGAAUUCCUCUCUGGUGCCUGCUCCCUCACUCACCUCCUGCCAGACUCCCUCUGGUUCCUCAGGGUCUUUGGCAUGACUUUCUUCACUGUGCCUUUUGGGGACUUUCUAGUGUUAAACCUGGGGAUGCCGUGUCUAUUAUACGGGCACCUUUUCUAUCUCUUCUUCCGUAUGGCACAGUUAAGAGGUUUCAAGGGAACCUACCUGUGCCUGGUGCCUUAUCUAGUCUGCUUUACCUGGUGUGAGCUCUGCUUGGUGUUCCUCAAUAAUGCCACUGCUAUUGGACUCAUCCGCACCUGUGUGGGCUACCUCCUCUUCCUGUUUGCUCUUCCUGUGCUCUCACUGGGCCUGGCAGCAAUGCUCAUCAUCCAGUUACUCCAGUGGUUCCUCGCUUUGGAGAUGACCAAGAUCGUCGUCACUUUGACAGUUUGCCUUGUGCCGGUUGUGUUGAGGCUCUGGACUCGCUUCAGCCUCGACCCCAUUGUGGUUUUUCGCUCCGUGACACGGAGCAGUGUUGUCAAGCUCAUCCUGGUGUGGCUCAGUGCCAUGGUGCUUUUCUGCUGGAUGUAUGUGUACAGGUCCGAAGGCAUGAAGGUUUAUAACUCCACCCUGUCGUGGCCCGAGUACAGCAACCUCUGCGGCCCUCUGGCCUGGAAGGAGUCCAACAUGGCCCAAACUCAGAUUCUAUGCUCUCAUCUGGAAGGACACCGUGUCACGUGGACGGGACGCUUCAAAUAUGUCCGCGUGACUGACAUUGAGAACGGGCCACAGUCGGUGAUCAACCUGCUGCCUGUGUUUGUAGGGAACUGGAUGCGUUGCCUGUACGGCGAGCCCUACCCUUCAUGUGAGGAGGGUAAAAAGGCCACACACGCCGAGCCUCAGCCCGCACCAGCGCCUCCUCCAGAAGACCCUCUCUGUAAACUUAAAACACUAGCCAAGCACGAAUGCCACGUCAAAAGAUUUGACAGAUACAAAUUUGAAGUGACGAUGGGAAUGCCGCUGGAGAGGAAGACCAAGAACGGGACGAUCGUCGAGGACGAAGACGCGACUAAGGACAUAGUUCUGCGGGCGAGUAAUGAGUUCAAGUCUUUGCUGUUGCACUUAAACACAGGCAGUUUGCUGGAGUUUAGCACCAUACUGGAGGGGCGCUUGGGCUCCAAGUGGCCAGUGUUUGAACUGAAAGCCAUUCACUGCAAGUCCUGCGGGGGAGCCAGCCUUCCCCGGCGCAGGCAAUACAAGAUCGAACACGACUGGAGGCGCACGGCUCAGAGCGCCCUGCAGUUUGGUUUCGACUUCUUCUUCAACCCGUUCCUGACUGCUCAGCUGGAACAACACGCGGACGCAGAGACUGAAACAGACAACGUGACAGAGGGGAGUGGAUAGACGGGGAAAGAACAUCUGACACACACACACACACACACUUGUACACCUUUGGGAGAAAUGUAAAAAUGAUGCUACAUAUAAUGAGAAAUCGAACUAGAAGAGAAGAGAGAUGACGGUGAAAUUUACAGGUGUGAGAAUUUGCGCUCUUUUUGUAGUAAGUCAAUGCUUAACACUAAAGUAAGAAUAACUAUUCAGAUGGCAUCCGUUGUGCGUUUCAUACCAUUUAAGCUGCACUUGUGCUCACCAUAGUGAGUCAGUUAAUUGUUAAUAUGUUUUUAUUUUCUUGUGUACUAUAAAAAAAAACACUUCUGUCUGCUGCACUCAGUCUGUUCUAUGUCGAUGAGUAUUCUGUAGCCAAAACCAUGAGUAGACAUUUGACAUUUGUCUCGUUGUUGAACUGAAAGUUAUUUCUUAGUUUAAUGAGAACAGACUGAAAUACGUCUGUAACUGCUAAAAUGAUCCACACACAUUACAUCUUUAUUUAUUACAGCACAUUUAUUUUCCCUCCCUCGCUUGUGUCCAUCCCUGCUGUGCAGCGAUGAUUUAAAACACGAUGUCGGUGCUGUUUUCUUUACUGUGAUCCAUAAACAUGAUGAAAAGA